AUGGGAUCAUCUCUCAGUUGCUGUGGUUCAGAGAAGGUCGACGAAGGGUUCAGUGGAAUAGGUGGAGGCAAUAAUUCAUGGAGGAUAUUCACAUACAAGGAGCUGCAUACGGCCACUAAUGGUUUCAGUGAUGACAACAAGCUUGGAGAGGGAGGGUUUGGGAGUGUCUACUGGGGCAAAACUUCCGAUGGCCUUCAGAUAGCUGUGAAGAAGUUGAAGGCGAUGAACUUGAAGGCCGAGAUGGAAUUUGCAGUGGAGGUUGAGGUCCUCGGCAGAGUCCGUCACAAGAACUUGUUGGGCCUGCGAGGGUACUGCGUUGGGACGGAUCAGCGGAUGAUCGUGUACGAUUACAUGCCAAAUCUGAGUCUGCUCUCUCACUUGCACGGCCAAUUCGCGACCGACGCUCAGUUGGACUGGAAAAGGAGGAUGAAGAUUGCAAUCGGGUCGGCCGAAGGCUUGGUGUACUUGCAUCAUGAGGUAACGCCUCACAUAAUCCACAGGGACAUAAAGGCAAGCAAUGUACUUCUAGACUCGAACUUCGAACCGCUUGUAGCCGAUUUUGGCUUCGCGAAGCUCAUCCCGGAGGGCGUGAGCCACAUGACCACUCGCGUCAAGGGCACUCUGGGGUACCUGGCGCCCGAGUAUGCCAUGUGGGGGAAGGUCUCAGAGAGCUGCGACGUGUACAGCUUCGGAAUCCUCCUCCUCGAGAUCGUCACGGGGAGGAAACCCAUCGAGAAGCUCCCGGGGGGAAUCAAGAGGACGAUCACCGAGUGGGCGGAGCCGUACAUCGUGAAGGGGAGGUUCCGGGACCUCGCGGACCCGAAGCUCCGAGGGAACUUCGAUGAGGCCCAGCUGAAGCAGGCGAUCAACGUGGCAGCGCUGUGCGUGCAGAGCGAGGGCGACAGGAGGCCCACCAUGAAGGAUGUGGUGAGCAUCUUGAAGGGCCAAGAGCCCAAGGCCAAAGCGAUGCAGACGAGGAUGGAGAGCGUCAAGUAUGGCGAGGACCUGAUGGCACAAGAUCAAACCAGCGAUGACGAUGAUGACGACAACGACGACGUUCAACAUCAAAGGGGGGAUGCUGAUGAAAGUGACGCAUAUGGGAUUUUUAGUGCAAUAGAGGUGCAAAAGAUGCCAGAACCUUACAACCCAAGGUUUGGCAAUAAUAGGAGAGGCAUUUGACAAUUGUUUCCUUCCAUGCCAAGGGAAAGUUUGGCUGGUCUGGUAUAUUUAAUCAUGUAUACAUACACAUGUUUAUGUAGUGGUUUAUAUUUCCUGAUCUUGGUAAUGCCAGGACAUUAGGAUCCGAUGAUCGUUGUUGUUCUUGCCAAAGAACACGACCGUUCGAUUUGUUCUUUUCCCAAUGUGUGAAAAGAAGUAUUGUUGUAAUUCUUGCCUUGCCAUUUGCCUUCAUUAGCAUCAUCUAUUCUCUCCC